GGUUUCCGAGGGACGCUGCACCGGAGGAAUUUUCCAGAUCAGACCGUCACCGCACGCGCUCAGAGCAGUAGCAGAGCCAGCGCGUCCUGCAGGCUGCAGACGUCACUGCAGGUUCUGGAUCUGAUCCGAGCCGGCGCGGAGGGUCUCAGGAAUGACUCGGAAACCCGUCCUGGAAGCAGAGUGUGCACUAAAAACACAUUCGCAGCCAAUCAAAGCUGGAUGCAGUCAUCACGUGAGCGUGAUCAGCUGUUCUGCUCUGGCGUUUAUUUUACCUGGUGUGUGGACGGUGCAGACAUAUCACUGCAUGCUCAGCUCUUCGGACUGAAGCAGCGUGCGUUACUCAGGCUCAGCCUAUCAGAGCGCAGCAGUGUGGAGAGGUUUACUGCCUUUAACGCGUUGAUCUUUACGUCUACGCCUGUCUUUGGGGUUGUAAACGUCAGGUGCGGUGGACAGGAAGUUGGAAAGCUUUCCCAAGGAUGCCGUGUGAUUGGUUCAGUUUAUUUCAGAACCUUCUGAAUGAAUUGUCAUGAAAAUGGCGAGGUGAAAAUGAAGAGGUUAACUUUUGGGGCAGGGACUCGAUUUUAAGUCUUUCUCCUGGAAAGCCGACCAGAGUUCCUCCUGUUAUUCUUUUCUGAGCACUUCCUGUUUCAUCCUGUUCGGGAGCAUCAGGAGCUGCUGAGGGUGAAAAGCUGCUCUGAUGGACUCGUCAGAUCCUUUCACGUGUACGUGAAGCAUGCACGUUCAGAUUUUGGUUCAGUGGCACUAACGCUCUGUUUUUACUUUCCUUCACUUUGAUCGGAGCGUGUCUGAGGUCGCCCGGUCAGACCAGGUUCCUCUGACCCAGGUCACCUGACAGGAAGAGCUUUUAUUGUUGACACCCUGCCCUUGGGUCAGCCCCGGCCCGGGUCUGAGGAUGAAACGAGUUUCAGUCGUGUCCGAGGACCUCGACACGUCUCUGCUGGAGCUCGCCGUUUGUAAUGGGGCCUCUGAUUGGAUGUGACUCGUCCCGCCCCUCACAGCAGACCGUUUCCAGGUCAGCGGUGAAAUCACGCUGGCCCACCUUCCUUCCCCAGCUCGGUGAUGUAACUGUGACAUCAUCAGAGACAGUGGCCUCAGUGAGCCGUAAAAUCUAGGCCAGGACUGCUGCAGUCGAGGUAACCAUAGCAACGGGAUCAGUAGGCUAAGCUGUGACGCUGCUGGGGCAUGCUGGGAAAUGUAGUGAGCUCUGCCAGGUUCUCUCGUCAGUGUGCUGAAGGUAAUGAUGAGUAAAUAUUAUUGGACAGUAGGUGUGUGUGUGUGUGUGUGUGUGUGUGUGUGUGAGACACACACCUGCUGUCACCUGCACCUUCUUCUGGCUGAAAUGUUGUUUUUCACGCCUGUCGCUGCUCCCAGUGUCUGAAAUCUGCUCCAACAGCUGUAAUUAAAAAAUGGCCACAGGAUGUGAAGGAGGACACCGAGCUGUGGACCAUCACUUCCUCUGUUUGAAGCUUUAAUGAGUUUAAACUGUGUGUGUGUGUGUGUGUGUUCAGCCCGUUGAACCACUGCUGCUGAUCUCAUCAGGACACGGUAACAGAGCAGAUUUCCGAUCUCGGGGCCGUCGCUGGCUCACUGAGAUAAAUGUGAUCAGCAGAGACUCGUGUGAAACGUUUGUGCACGUGUGGAAACGAGGCAGCAGCCCGACGGAUAAAACCUUAAAAUCCUGUUAGCUGGUCCAGGAUCAGUGCAGGUGAAGUGACAGGCCUGCAGUGGGGCGUGCUGCCCUCACUGAGGACGGAGGAGGACUCCAUCAUGAGGUCGGCCUGCAGAGAGCUCCACAGAGCUCCUGAUACUUUAACCUUCUGUGGUCACGGUAACAACAGUAACAACCAAACUACUGUAAAUAAUACAAAUAAUACAACAGAUGGCGCUCAUUAUAAAUAUCCUAGUACAUCACACACAUGAAAUAUCAAACUGAGGCUGUAGCCGCUGCACUGUGUGCUGUGCAUCGGGUGGAGGCGUACAGGCAGGAAUGGCUUCCUGUGUCGUUCAGAGGUGCAUUAUGGGUAAUGUCAGUGACUGACCAGCAUGUCACGGAGUGGGUGGGAGGUGUUGUCCACCAUUGUGCUUAUCUUGGACAACAUCCGCCUCUCUGACACCACCCUAAUGGAGUCCAGCUCCGCCCCCACAACAUUACUGAGCUUGUGAUCAGUUUGAGUCUUGCAUAACGUGACAAAAGAGUCGACCACAGCCCGGUACUCGGACUCAUCCAACCACCGCAGAGUCACCAGAAAACCUCUGAAGAUGGAGGUCUGUGGUGUGGAGGGUGGAGAGGAAGGGGAGAGGGCGGUCCCCUGGUGGUGGCGUGAGGCGGUGUUCUGAAAGCUGAAUGAAUGAAAUCCCACCGAGUUUACCAGAGGUUUUCUGCAAGGAUGCGGCAGUGAGCAUGCUCAGAGCCCUGAUCGUUACCAUGGCAAUUACCGGUGGCCACGCGUGCAGCGGUCAAGAGAACUGCUCGGCCGACGUCGAUGGCGAGUCCAAAGACUACUGUUACUCAGCCCGCAUCCGCAGCACCGUGCUACAGGGGCUGCCCUUCGGCGGCGUGCCCACCGUGCUCGCCCUCGACUUCAUGUGCUUCCUGGUGCUCCUCUUCGUCUUUUCCAUUUUACGGAAGGUUGCGUGGGAUUAUGGCCGCCUGGCGCUGGUCACCGACGCUGACAGACUGAAGAAGCGUUUCAGCGACCUGGAGGAGCGGGAAUACGUUGCCUCGGCGAUGCACUCGGAGACGCCCGACCGCUAUGAACGCCUCACCUCGGUUUCCAGCUCUGUUGACUUCGACCAGAGAGACAACGGUUUCUGCUCGUGGCUGACGGCCAUCUUCAGAAUAAAAGACGAGGAGAUUCGUGAGAAGUGUGGCGAAGACGCCGUUCACUACCUGUCCUUCCAGCGUCACAUCAUCGGCCUUCUGGUCGUGGUCGGCGUCCUCUCGGUCGGCAUCGUCCUGCCCGUGAACUUCUCUGGAGACCUUCUGGAAAACAACGCCUACAGCUUCGGACGCACGACGAUAGCCAACCUGAAGUCUGGGACGAACCUGCUCUGGCUGCACACCACGUUUGCCUUCAUGUAUCUGCUGCUGACCGUCUACAGCAUGAGGAGGCACACGUCUAAGAUGCACUACAAGGAGGACGACCUGGUGAAACGCACUCUUUUCAUCAACGGCAUCUCCAAGUACGCCGAGGAGAGUCAGAUAAAACAGCACUUUGAGCAGGCGUAUGAGAACUGCACGGUGCUCGAGGCUCGGAUCUGCUAUAACGUGGCCAAACUGAUGGCUCUGAACGCUGAGAGGAAGAAGACGGAGCGCAGCAAGAAGUUUUUUACCGACCUGAUGGCUAAAGAACACAUUCCCACCAUGAUCAACCCCAAGCCCUGUGGACACCUCUGCUGCUGCGCCAUCGCUGGCUGUGAGGAGGAGGAGGCGGUCAGCUACUACACCAAGAGGGAGGCCAAACUCAAGGAGGAGUACAGGAAGGAGAAGGAGAAGGUCCACACCAAGCCUCUGGGCAUGGCCUUCGUCACCUUCCAGAAUGAGGCCAUGACCGCCAUUAUUUUGAAGGACUUUAACGCCUGUCAGGUUCAGGGGUGUCGAUGUCGUCAGGAGCCACGUUCCUCUCAGUUCAGCGAGGUUCUUCACGUUCAUAACUGGAGUGUUUCGUAUGCGCCUGACCCACAGAAUGUCCGCUGGGAACACCUUUCACUGGGCGGGAUCUCCUGGUGGAUCCGUUGCUUUGUCAUCAACUGCAUCCUCUUCAUCCUGCUCUUCUUCCUCACCACGCCCGCAAUCAUCAUUACCACCAUGGACAAGUUCAACGUCACCAAGCCCGUCGAGUAUCUGAAUAACCCCAUCGUCACUCAGUUCUUCCCCACCCUGCUGCUCUGGGCUUUCUCUGCUCUGCUGCCAACCAUCGUCUACUACUCUGCUUUCUUCGAGGCUCACUGGACCAGGUCUGGAGAAAACAGGACAACCAUGCAUAAGUGUUACACCUUCCUGAUCUUCAUGGUUCUGUUGCUGCCAUCUCUCGGUCUCAGCAGUCUGGAUGUUUUCUUCCGCUGGCUCUUUGACAGGAAGUUCCUGGCUGAUGCUAAAGUCCGAUUUGAGUGUGUCUUUCUGCCAGAUAACGGCGCCUUCUUCGUCAACUACGUUAUCGCCUCCGCAUUCAUCGGAAAUGCCAUGGACCUGCUGAGGAUCCCCGGCCUGCUCAUGUACAUGAUCCGGCUUUGCCUGGCUCGCUCUGCUGCCGACCGCCGCAACGUCAAGAGGCAUCAGGCCUACGAGUUUCAGUUCGGAGCAGCGUACGCCUGGAUGAUGAACGUCUUCACAGUGGUGAUGGCCUACAGCAUCACCUGCCCCAUCAUCGUGCCCUUCGGUCUGAUGUACAUGCUGCUGAAACACCUGGUGGACCGAUACAACAUGUACUACGCUUACCUGCCCUCCAAACUGGACAAGAAGAUCCACUCUGGAGCCGUCACCCAAGUGGUGGCAGCACCCAUCCUCUGCCUUUUCUGGCUGCUGUUCUUCUCCACUGUACGCACAGGCUUCGACACACCGACUUCCAUGUUCACGCUGGUGGUGCUGAUCGUCACCAUUGUGGUCUGUCUGUCUCACGUCUGCUUCGGACACUUCAAGUACCUCAGCGCUCACAACUACAAGAUCGACACAAAGGAGAACGACGUGGACGCUGUCGAGAACGGACGUCCAGCUCGUCCCUCGUCCUCACCCACCACCAAAUCUCAGCAGCAGCAGCAGCAGCAGAUGUACAUCGCCCAGGUCCUCCAGGACCCCAACUCGGACGAGCCUGGCGGAGGUAGCAGCGAGGAGGACCGAGGGUCAUCGCAGGAUGAGGAGAUGCUGAAUGGAGGGAACAGCAUCAAUGAGGCGGAUUUCCAGUCGGGGGAGGACAGUCUGAUCGCCAACGAAGUGCACCAGUAGCUGGGGGUGGUGCUAGAGGGAGGGGGUGGAGCUAGUAGAGGGUCAUACCCACACAACAGUUACAGAUAAAGCUGACUGGAAAAUCACUACACCCAUAAACACUUGUACAGUAGAUUCACGGUUAGCUCCACCCCCUCUGAGCCUGAAGACUUGACCCUGACCUUUGAUGCCGGCGCCGGGUCGCCAACAUCCAGUCCUGCACGCCUGUGGAUCCUUAACGGACGUUAGAUUGUGUCCACAGGAAAUCACUGUAUAUAACCACAAAGCCAAAAGUUCUUUUUCUUGGGUUGGGUGGGUGGGUUUUAAAAACGUGUGCCUGGGCUGGAUUCUUUGUUCGCACUCGUGUCUUGACUUCUGAUCCCACUACGGGUCACCUGAACCUGACCCCUCCAGGGGUCUGAGCUGAUGCUGACGCUGUCUUUUUUCUCGGCAUAGUCAUCACCGUACUCCAGAAUCAGAGCGUUAAACAACUCGCCAAACGCCAGUUCUCAUAGUGUUAGAAACCUCGCUUACGCAGACGCAUCGUCAUCCCUCUUCCCUGCUGGUCCAUCCUCGCCUCCGUUCUGUGUCUCUGAAUGCCAGUACGUUCAGUGAAUCACCUUGGAGUGUGGGGCUUUUGUUUUUGAAGUUUUUGGUUUGUUUUGUACCUGCGUGCUGUUAGGAGUGCAGUCUGGAUUAAACCGUCACACCUUUGGACGAUGUCAUUCAUCGCUGGAUUGUGCUGGCGAGCAACACGUUAAACUUCCUCUCGCCUGCUGGCUUCAGCUGGACUGCUCCUCGCCAUCGGACUACAACACUCCACGCGACAAUGCUUUCUUUUCUGGUUUGAGUUCACCUGAACUACCUUACAUCAUGAAUACCUGACAAAGGGAACAGGGAUGUUUGUGUAUGUGUAGGUUUAGCAAUCUGAAUUCUUUUCAAAGGUGGGAUGUAUUUUGUGAUGACUUUCAGCAGCAGGUAGUUCGAUUUUGGGUAGAUGAAGAAGAGCAGCGCUUUUCGUCGGGAUGUUUUUACCUGAACGCCUGAAGUUGGAGGUACUGAAGGUGUGUGCUGUCCGUCUGUCUGUGUUAGCUCCUUAUAAACCGGCUACAUCACAAAGGGUUCACCAGGUGUUGAUGAAAAUGCCAUCCAUCUACUGUAGAAUCAGUUCGACAUUUUUUUCUUUCACUUUCGUACAAAAGUUUAGAAAUAUAUAAUCAUGCCGUCUCGGUCUCUACACGCCAUCAAUAAAGUUUUAUAUAGAGUCCGACUGGUGCGAAGCGAUGGUUUCAUCUCUGCCGCGGUACGAGGAGCUCCUUCCAUCCAAUAAUGAGCCACAGCUUCCUAGAUGUGCCACUGGUCCGUCAAAACAAAUAAUCACCAUUUAUUUCAUGCUAAUGAUCAUAUUAUAAUGACUGUUUUUAGCUAAUUAGCUGGGUUUAUCUGACUGAAGCUAACCCUCGGCUAGCUAGAGCAAGCGACUAAUAAUCAGGAUGUUUCAGUCCAUGAAAAAAAGAUACUGACCCUUUGUCCUGUUAGCACGUGUCUUUAACGCUAAUAGCUUAGUUUGUCGUCCCAAUAGUGCAGUGUUAGGCUAGCUCUGGCUCCAGUUAAUAAAACUCACCUGAUUAGCUCAUUAGCAGGGAUAAAGCUGUGUAGAGUUGAACUUACUCCUAGCUUCUCGUUCACACCAACAGCUGGUUUACAACCAGGACAGAACUGCUGAGUCAUUGUUAGCUUCAAGCACACAACUCAGACACAUAGGAAUGACACACUGUUAAUUGUUAGCACGCAGGCUAAAACAGCACUAGCCUGCUAGCCCGGCAUUCGCAUUCUGUUAAAUGAAGACUAAAUGGUCUGAAACCGCACAACAAUGAAGAGGUGAUGGUUUAGUUAAGCUAGCACUUUCCCCUGCUUUGCAUGUGAUGCUAGCAGGGCCACGCCACAGGAACGCAGCGGUGAAACCAGUGGUCGGGUUUAACCAGUCAAUUUACACCACCUGAGUGCGUCUUCAGCUGUAGCUCAUUGUUUUGGGACAGAUUCUUAAGGUGUGUGAUGAUACUUGCUAGCUGCAGACAGAAGCUCAUGUUAACUGACGUUAACUCACAUUAGAAGGUGACGAUAUCUCCCAGUCUGUGGACUUCCUGUUCCACGGGGGGGGGGGGGCUCUUGAGUUCAUCCAGAAUGAAUAGAGCUGCAGAACAGGCAGUAGAAGGGUGGGUGGUGCUUCUGUGAUGUCACCCGCUGGUUUUUGAAGCCUUGCUUUGAGUUGAAUAUUUUCACCAAUGAGAAGGGACGGGUCUGACGGUGAAACCGCAUACUCAUUAGCUAACGAUUUGUGAGUUCAGCCACUUGGCCAUAGAGUUCUACAGAACUGGAAGUGUUUUUGCAGCUGUCGGCCCCUGGUGCCCUUCAGACAGAGUCCAGGUUAUUAGCUGCUACAUGGUCCAUACUGUGUGGUCAUGGCACCACAAGCCACUUUACAGCAUGCUUGCUGCUCGAGUUAUCAUUUGUUAUCAUAUCGUUGGGGGAGCACUUCUUGUCCUAAACCCUUAAACAUCCAAUCAGCACGCUUGUGUUAACGCGAAGGACGGAGGAGAGGUUUUAUUUCAGUGUUUUUGUGUGGAAGCAGCUCUUUCACUGAGGAUGAGCUCAGGAUGCCCCCUGUGUGACCUGCGGUCAGACCGGGAGGUGAGCAGGCUCGUAGCUCGCGCUCGACGUGGUCGUGGCGCCGAUCUGCCUCCUGGUGGACGGAUGUAGAAAACAUCAUGUUGCAACUGACUUGGGGGGUGGUGACAUCAUCACAAAGACAGGUGAAGGGGUGUGGCUUCUGCAGAGUGACAUAAGUGCUUAGCGACAGAAUGGGGAGGAGCUAGUCUCAGGUGUGUUUUGUUUUGUUCCUUUUUUUUCUAAAACAAUGUUUACAUCAGAGUUUGUUUGCUAGGUGUGUGUGUGUGUGUGUGUGUGUGUGUGUGUGUGUGCGCGCGGGCGGGCGUGCAUGCGUGCAUGGACACGGAGCUGGACUAUGAAAGCUGCAGCCGCCGGCUCGCUGGCGUCAGUGGGCGGCUGCAUGCUGGAGCUCUGCAGCGUUCCUGUCCGGGUGUUUGAUGUUCCCCGCCGCUCCGCCCAUGAUUGUACGCAGAUGAACCUGAAGGUGGAGGCGAGCCUGAUCCUCAAGGUUCAGCUCGGCAGCUCGCAGGAAGUGACCUGCUUCCUGUUCCUGUCUGUGUAAGGGCGCCGGCAUAGAAUCAUUUUCAGAAAGGAGAGGCCGUUUGACCUGAGCCGCACAGACCCGGCAGAACUAAACGCGAGCUCGGUGGCUUCGGGACUGUUUGUGUGGAAAAACGGGACUCAAAGGUUUCUGAAAGCGAGCCGCUGCUUCGUGCUGUUUGUUUGUUUCUUUUUAAAAAAUAAAAUUCCUGAAAUGUGAAGAAGAAAAAUGUGAAGUGAGGCAUGAAGCGAGCGACAAACUGUGUAAAAACAAGUGUAAAUAGCCAUCGAACUGCAGUCUGUCGUCCACGUCCUGCUUUAAUUUAUUGCUGUGACUCUUAUUUAUUUGGACUUUGGUUUGUGUACAGUGACACCUUCGUCUUACUUAUGUUCCUGAUCAAUAAAACUGAUUUCAUCCGUG